AUGACCCCAUCCGUCGUCUUUAUGCGCGCCGACGUUUCUGGAAGUUUGUCUGAGAGGGAUUCCGUAACCACUUCAGGUUCAAGGAAAUUCCCCAACGAGAUGCUCUUUCAACCAAAGAGUGAGCCCAGUCCAACCAGUAUGAGGACUUUGAAAAUGGCAAAGCCGGGUGGGAACGCGGGAAACCAUGAGUCCCUCACUGCCCCUCGGCAAACGAACCUUGACGACAAAUUUCUGGACCAAGCUGCCAUCUACCUACGUCAUGCCGGAGAUUAUCCUCCAUUGACAUCAGAUGCAGAGAGAAAACUCGUCCGCAAAAUCGAUUGGAUCGUAGUGCCAAUGCUCUUCCUUACCGCAACUCUUGGUGCAGUUGACAAGGUUGCAUUAGGGACAGCGGCGCUCUAUGGAUUAAGGGAAGACCUUAAAACUCUAAGGCCAGGAGUUUGCCUGGACGGGAUCGAUUCUUCCUAUCGGUGGAAUUGUUGGCAUGUGGCCGUCGUCGUAUCUCGUCCAGCGCUUCCCACCUGCGAAUGGCCUUCCGGCCCUGAGGUUUCGAUGGCAAAGUGGCAGUUCCUCUUCCUCAUUGCAGGUAGGAUUAGGACUUUCAAUCGUGCGGCUUCUGCUGUUACUGCUGCUGCUGCCAGAAAAGGUGGCUUAUUUCCAUUUGCAGGCUCAGUCUCUUUGGCACGGUCGCUGUUUGCCUUUGUUGCCAUUCCAGAUUCUCCCAUGACGGCCUUCUUCCUGAACGACGAGGAGAAAUACCACGCAGUCCAUCAUUUGGCAGAUAACAGAACAGGAAUAGUUAACAAGCAUUGGAAAUGGGACCAGGCAAUCGAAGCAAUCAGCGACCCGAAAACAUGGCUAAUCUUCUUUUUCAACGGAGGUAAUAAAUAG